AUGAUCUGCCUCCUCGGCGCCCUCGCGCCCGCGCUCCUCGUCCCCGCAUCUCCGCCUCUGCGAGGGCGGAAAACUCGGCCGCCGCCUGCCGGAGCGCCCCCGCCGCCUGGCUCCACGUUCUUGGCGAGCCAGGCGGCGGGGGCGCUCCGGCAGGCGGCGGCCGAGUUUUCCGCCCUCGCAGAGGCGUGCGGCUCUGGCGACGACGUGGCGUGCGCGACGCUGACACGCGAGGAGGCGUCGAAACGCGCCUGGCUGGCGAGUCUGGACGCCCCAUCGUGGGGCAAGCCGCGGCCGGCGGCGGCGGAGGCGGAGGCGAAGGCGAAGUGGCUCGCGUCUCUCGACGCGCCGUCGUGGGGCACGCAGGCGGCGGCGGCGACAGCACCCUCCGAGCCGGCGGCAGUGCAGGCGGAGCAGGCGGCGGCGGCGGCGGCGGAGGCAGAGGCGGCCAAGGCUGCCUCUCUCCCCUCGCUCUCUCACACCGAGGCGUGGCUAGCGAGGCUCGAGGCGACGCCGUCGUGGCUGGGCGAAGGUCCGGCGGCGGCGGCGGCACCGGCGGAGGCGGAGGCGGAGGCGAAGGCGAAGUGGCUGGCGAGCCUCGACGCUCCAUCAUGGGGCAAGGCGGCGGCGGAGCCGGCAGCUCCCGCAGGGCCGGCUGCAGAACCGGCGGCACCGGCAGCAGCAGCGGCGGCCGAGGAGGCGGAGGCCAAGGCUCGCUGGCUGGCGAGUCUGGACACCCCAUCGUGGGGCAAGCCGCGGCCGGCGGAGGCGGAGGCGGAGGCGAAGGCGAAGUGGCUCGCGUCUCUCGACGCGCCGUCGUGGGGCACGCAGGCGGCGGCGGCGACAGCACCCUCCGAGCCGGCGGCAGUGCAGGCGGAGCAGGCGGCGGCGGCGGCGGCGGCGGAGGGAGAGGCAGAGGCGGCCAAGGCGCGAUGGCUCGCGACUCUGGACGCUCCGUCUUGGAGCAAGGCGCCGGUGGUGGCGGCGUCAGACGUAGCGCCCGCCGAGCCCGCCGAGCCAGCGGCGGCGGCGGACGCGGCACCCACCAGUAGCGACGAGUGGAAGCCGGCCUUCGGGUUGGUGACGGAGGCGCAUGCUGCGGGUGCGGCGGCAAAGGUGCGGGGCUUUGUCCUCGCCGAGACCCUCGCGGAGAUGGCCGCCUACCUCGAGUCGAAGGGCUCUGCGGGCGGAGUCUGAUACCGCCAGGCGCCGGGCGCCCUGAGUCUGCUCGGGCGUUUCUUUGGAGGCUGCAUGUGAGUGAGGGCAGGAGGGCGAGAGUGUGCACCGGCUGCCCCGACAGAGUGCUGGGAGACAUGGAGCGGCGUGCGAGCCAGCGGAGAGGGGUUGGACUGACACUGUGAAAUGGCGGUCCGCGCGGAACCAUGUCUCUUUGUAAUUGGCCAUGAUACGUGAGGUAAGCUUUUGGCUAGAGCCUAGAAAAACGAUUUUU